AUCAUCAUCAUCCACAGCCUCAGCCACAUCCACAUCCAAGUUCCUAUUCCCAUCAGAUGCAGCGUCAGUUCGCCGAAUCGUCUGUGUAAAUUGACGGCAAACAAAUUAUAAAAAUAGAUUAAAAAUUCAGCAUCGGAAAAGUAGUUGCCGAAAAUUCGAACCGAGCCGUGGAAGCAUUGGCCGGACGGAGCUUUUGCCCCCUCGUUGCCCAAGUGUCGUCACCGAUGAGGCGGGCGAAUUUAAUUGGUUCUUUUUUGUGCUAUUUUAUUAUUUCCGAGCAGAAGCGUUUAGUUGAAUUUUGGCCGAAGCUGCGUGCGGGCGUGAAUCUCUAACGGCAACUAAUUUAUAUAAUUGCUGCCCGAUCUAUAUUUCGUCGUUAAAAUAUCUUACGAAUUCAGCCAAAGAAUUUGAUUGAAAGAAUAGUGGACCAACAAGGACAGAAUGAGUGAAAGUUCCAGCCCUUCGCCGAGUUUCGUGCCCCAUCAAUCCCAUAUAGGUGCUGGGAUAUACCACAACAUAGCCACAAGUUACACAGAUCAGAAUGUGGUCGUAUCGCCGCUGCUCGUGGAAGCCACCCUCUCACUUCUGUUUUUGGGAUCGGAUGGAGCCACUGCCGAGGAGAUGCAGAAACUGCUGCGACUGAAGGAGCGCUUCCCUAGCAACGCAAAGAUGGCCAACUUCUAUGCCGCGGAACUGGCGAAUAUCACAGCGGAUCCAGACACCCGCCUGCAGUUGCAGAACCGUUUGAUGCUCCAGCCACUUCCUGGAUCCGCAUCUGGCAUUGCCGAUGACUUUCAGAAGAUUGCUCAGACCUAUUUUCAUGCCACUGCCGAGUGUGUUGACCUGGAGCAGACGGAGAAGCUGCGUCGCCACAUAAACGAGCAGAUCUUGGCCAGCGUUGGCGGCGGCAGCUGGGAUCAGAUCCAGCUGGAGGGUAGUCCAGUGGCCAAGACGCUGCUCCUGCUGGCGGCCAGUCUGCAGAGCAAGUGGUUCCUGCCCUUCAGUGCCUACAGAACCGGACUGUAUGAGUUCCACAGCGGCAGCCAGGUCAAAUCGGUGGCCAUGCUCUUCGACGACGACAUGUUCGUCAAGUAUGCGGAGCUGCGGGAUCUGGACGCGCGCGCCAUUGAGCUGCCCUACGAGCACGCCGAGGAGCUGUCCAUGCUGCUCAUCCUGCCCAACCAGCGCCACGGGCUGCCGCAGCUGGAGGAGCAGCUGCGGGGCCUGGACCUGGGCGCACUGCAGCAACGCAUGCAGAUGGAGGGCGUUCAGGUGCUGCUGCCCAAGUUCUGCAUCGAUUUCGAGUGCAGUCUGCGGCAGCCCCUGAAACAGCUUGGCUUUGAGGAGAUAUUCGGUGCAUCGGCCAACUUCAAACAUCUGCAUCCCUCUGGCAGCCUGCCCGUUGUCGAUGUUCUCCAAAAGCUGCGCAUUAGCUUGAACGAGUCUGGAUCCGGACUCCCGUUGCCAUGCACUACAGCAGAGUAUAAGCCCAUUGUGAUCAGCAAUUCCUCCCGCCAGAAAUUCUUCCGAGCCGACCAUCCAUUUUUCUUUGCCAUUCGCAGUGAGAAGGUGACCUACCUAAUGGGUCAUGUGGUGGAAUCCUAGAGCCCACUGGGACAAGCUGAGAAAGUGGACAAGUGGUUUGUGCAAUAUUUAAACUUAUAUAAAAAUAAGUAAAAUAAAACUAAUAUUUACU